CGUCACCGUCUAAAAAUCCGUUCAGUCUGUGCGUACGCGAGCUGGUGCGCGAACUCUUUGUAAAAGUGAACAAAGUUUGAAUCUUGUUAGGAAAAUGUCACAAGCUAUUAAAAGGAUGCCUAUGUUAAAUUCCUGUUGUGGUUGUGCCUCAUUGAAGGUUGGGACGAUUAUAAGUGGAGCCUUAGGAGUGGUUAUUGGAGCUGUCACACUUGUUUUCAUCUUGGUCACAGAUGUAAAACUGCAGACGAUAGUUAUUGACACACUUCCAUCCGACAUUGUAAAAAUAAUCCUUGCCAUCAACUUAGUGAUGACAAUGUUGAUAUCAGUUCUCCUUAUCAUUGGAGCGCUUAAGAGGAACCGGUUUAUGAUGUUGCCAUGGGUUAUUCUCGCCAUCAUGUUAGCCAUUGGUCUUGCCAUCUCAGUUAUCUACACAGCCGUUGUUUUCUUCAUGCACAAACAAGCCUUUGGAGCCUGCCUGUGGCUACUGUUCGGACUAUCAAGUGUCGCCAUCUACGUGUACCUGUGGUUUGUUGUCUUCAGCUACUAUCAGCUCCUUCAAGAAGAGAAAGGCAGAGGUCCUUAUUCUCGACCCGCCUACAGACGCUAAUCCUAACCUCUACAAUUCCUCAUUGCUGAUUCUUCCUAAUCUCAAUUCUUCAUUGUUCUUUCUUCUUUCCCUAUUUUGUUUGCCAUUAGCAUACCUCCCCUUCCCUUAUAGAGUAGGAUCUCAUCAUCUGAAGGCUAUGUUAAGAAUUAUUCUGUCUGGAGUGUGCUAUGAUUACUAUUUAUUUCUUGUACAUAAACUUCUAAACCACUUUAAUAAGAUAAAACAAUAUACCAGCAUUAGUAGACAAUUUCUUGUCAUCUGGAAUUAUAAACAAAGUAUAAAUUGUGUAAAAUUUCCCCUAGAAAAACUUUAAGGCAAUAUGAGCACACUCAAACGUAACAAUGCAUAACAUACAUCAGAGCAUGCUUUAGAUUUUUUAUAGGAAGAGAAGGCUCCAAAACCUCACAAUCAUAAUAUGAUCAUUAACAGUUAUUGUUUGAUUAGUUUUAUAUGAAGUUUAAUAUAUUUUGUUUGAUAAUCUUUUUACUAGAAAUGUUAAGACGAGUAAGUUAUUUCAAUUAUAUUGUUUAUAUGUGUUACAAUUUUAUUGCAUAUUUUAUUUUGUCUUUCUUGAUGAUCUGUAAGCUUUUGACAAUGUUAAAAGAAAGAAUCUCUGUGUUGUUUUUUUUUUUACUUUAUCUUUUACUUUCUUAUACUAUUUUCAUUUAAGUCUUGCCUAAUUCACUAGUCCAUUUCAUUAUUUAUUAUUAGAAUAGUUAUAUUAAGUAGUUUAGGGUUAUGUUAACUAAUUAUAAUUUAAUAUAUCUUAACAUUUUGAUAACAGAAGUGUAAAACAUUAAUAAAUAUCAACAAAAUAGUUACCAAAUUAAAUAAAAAUCUACUUCAGAAUACCCUACUAAAGUUAAUUGCAAACAUGUUUCGUAAGGGAUAGAAUUCAACCUUUAAGAUGUAGAUUAUAAGGGCUUAUUUACUAAAAUACAUUACACUGUAUAUUUAUUUCGUCCAGUGAAGGACUUGUUAAGAGAAGAUCCAUUUGAUUGUUUUCAGUAUCUAUAAGCUAAUAGUCUCAAACUUUAUUAGACAACAAUAUUCCAAACAUUUUUCAAAAACGUAACUUUUCAUUAGAUAAUGCUCUUUUUUAGAGCCAUGUUGUUCCCACAGAGGAUACAAGCUUGUGGGACAAACUUGCGCUUUUAGAUCUGGUAUUUUGGGGCGGAAAUGUACUUGUAAUGAGCCAGAAAGAUCCUGAACACUGAUGGCCACACAGCGUUUUUGUACAGCAGUUUUAGCACACAGGGUUUUACGUACAGCUUUUUUACGUGAUGGCAAAUGGGAAAGGAGAGCGGAAGAGAAUGACAAAUAGAAUUUGCUGUAGACACCAGCAACUGGUGCUAGACACCACUUAAGUGGACCAUUGAAUGUAUCCUCUGUUUCUUACUUCUAUGUGUUGUUACUUAAAAUUGGUUAUGCUAUUUAUUUAAUUAUUGCACCACGUUCAACUCUUGCAAAAUCAUACUGUGUAUGACUUUCUUUAAACAAAGGAAUUUUUUUUUAGAAAUACAGGGAUUUUUAAAGAAAUGUACCAUGAAUUCAUUAUAGCAAUGUCUCGUGAAUAAUUUUUGCGCUAAGCAAUGUAUGUAUUAUAAUUUAUUAUAGUUUUAAGUUAAAUUAGAUUUUGUUAAUUGCAUUUUAAUUUGUAAGAUAACACGAGUACCUUAUACUUAAUAGUUUUAACAGUUUUUAAUUUUACAGAAAUUUACUUAUUGAAUCUAAUGUGAUUCAUUAUGUUUUGUAAUCUCUUAGAUAAAAUGUAGAAUUGGAAAUUUAAUACUUGCUUGGAAUGAAUUGUUCAGUUAUAUAUUUGACUAAUUUUAAAACUGUACAAAUCCAUAAAUAGUUUUUUUCUAAGCACAUACAAUGAUUGCAUUAAAAAUAUGUUUGAUUAGAAUUGUUUUUAAAGUUUUAUUUUUUAUAAACUGUGCCAUCCACAAAAUAAAUUAUUAUUUAAUCAA